AUGGAUACUGUGUUCACCUCCUCUGUUCCCACUGUGUGUCAGCACUCUGUGGACUUGAACAUUUCCUCUCCCUAUCCCCAUGAUCCAAGUCUAAACUCUACAGCUUCUUCUCCUCUCAGCCCACCAACCUAUGCAAUAUCCUACUUCACCAUGACCUUUGGAGCCCUCUCAAACUUAACAGCGCUGGCCAUCCUUUCUAAAUCAUACACUCGCUUCCACCGCCGAGCUAAGACACCUUUUCUGAUAUUAGCAGUGGCUCUGCUCCUGACUGAUCUGGCAGGUCAUUUGCUUACAGGGUCCUUCGGUCUGUACCUGCAUCUGGGAAGGGUUAGAAGGCAAAGGGCCGCAGCCAGAGCCAUUGAGCCCCCUCGAGCCUUCUGCAAAAUGUUUGGCGCCUUUAUGGUAUUCUUCGGCCUGAGUCCUUUGCUGCUGGGGUGUGCCAUGGCAGUGGAACGUUGCAUGGGCAUCACCCAGUCCCUCCAGCACUCUGCCGCUGUCACCACAGCUCAUGUGCGGCUCUGCUUACUCCUGCUCUUCACCGUGGCCUGCACUUUCGCAGCGCUCCCUCUCCUGGGUGUGGGCAGCUACAAACUCCAGUUUCCUGGCACCUGGUGUUUCCUCCCUGUGCGGGGGUCACUCUCCACUGCGGAUGUGAGUCUGGCCUUGGCUUUCUCAAGCCUGGGCCUAGUCGCACUGACUGUCUCUGUAUUCUGUAAUACUGUGAGUGGGCUGACAUUGCUGCAGGCCAGGUUUAGCAACCAAGGUCUUAAGCAGACCACUUCGAGGAGACAUAGAUCAUCCUCUCCUCUGCAGUCACUGGAUAUGGAGAUGAUGGCACAGCUUGCGGUGAUAAAUGUGGUUUCCUGUGUCUGCUGGAGCCCCUUCCUUAUUUACAUCACCAUAUCAGUGAGACAGUUCUACAAAGGCCAUAUCAGAUCGGAUGAGGAGUAUGACAAGCCACUACUGCUGGCCUUGAGGAUGGCCUCCUGGAACCAGAUCCUGGACCCAUGGGUCUACAUCCUCCUGAGGCGGGCCGUGCUGUGCCGAGUGUGCAGUCUGCUCCAGCCCAACAGAGCUAUUUCAACCCAGAACAGCUCCUGCACAGGCUCGGAAAGACAGGAAAUCCGGCUACACUGACAU